UGCCGGAAGUGUGCGCGCGCCGUGAGAUAACUUUCCUGCUCCGGCCGCGGCCCAGAGCCUCGGCCGCCUCGUUGUUCGCAGCGACGAUGCGCCCUGAUGACACUGACCUGAGCGGACCCGCGCCUCGGCCCACCGCCGGAGUCUGCACACUCCUCGCCGCAGGGGGAGAAGACUGAGCCCGGAGGCGUCUGCGCGCCGCGGGCGCAGGCGGCGCGGCUCUCGGGGCCCGUUUCCUCUGCGCGGUCCCCCAGCGUUGGGCUCGCUCCGCGCGGUCGUGCGUCCUCCCCGCCCGCCGCGGUCGCCGGCUGCCCCCGCCCUCCCUGCGGGUCCGGACGUGCCCCCGGCAGCCACUGGUAGCGCCUGUGCCAUGGGGCUGCCUACUCUGGAGUUCAGCGAUUCCUACUUGGACAGCCCGGAUUUCAGGGAGCGCCUGCAGUGUCACGAGAUUGAGCUGGAGCGAACCAACAAAUUCAUUAAAGAGCUCAUUAAGGACGGCUCCCUGCUCAUUGGGGCGCUGAGGAAUCUGUCUAUGGCGGUACAGAAAUUUUCCCAGUCACUGCAAGAUUUCCAAUUUGAAUGUAUUGGUGAUGCUGAAACAGAUGAUGAAAUUAGUAUUGCUCAGUCACUAAAGGAAUUUGCAAGACUACUCAUUGCAGUAGAAGAAGAAAGGAGGAGACUGAUUCAAAACGCUAAUGAUGUAUUAAUUGCUCCACUUGAGAAAUUUCGCAAAGAACAGAUAGGUGCAGCAAAAGAUGGAAAGAAGAAGUUUGAUAAGGAGAGUGAAAAGUACUAUUCUAUUCUUGAGAAACAUUUAAAUUUGUCUGCAAAGAAAAAGGAAUCUCAUUUGCAAGAGGCAGAUACACAGAUUGACCGAGAACAUCAAAAUUUUUAUGAAGCAUCACUAGAAUAUGUCUUUAAAAUUCAAGAGGUUCAAGAAAAAAAGAAGUUUGAAUUUGUUGAGCCGCUUUUGUCAUUCCUGCAGGGUUUAUUUACUUUUUACCACGAGGGAUACGAACUUGCCCAGGAAUUUGCACCAUAUAAGCAACAGCUUCAGUUCAACUUGCAGAACACAAGGAAUAAUUUUGAAAGUACUCGACAAGAGGUAGAGCGGUUGAUGCAAAGAAUGAAAUCUGCCAACCAAGAUUACAGACCGCCCAGCCAGUGGACAAUGGAAGGCUAUCUUUAUGUCCAGGAGAAACGACCACUUGGUUUUACAUGGAUUAAACAUUAUUGUACAUAUGAUAAGGGAAGUAAAACGUUUACAAUGAGUGUUUCAGAAAUGAAAUCCAGUGGGAAAAUGAAUGGCCUUGUUACUGGUUCACCAGAAAUGUUUAAAUUGAAAUCUUGUAUCCGACGAAAGACAGAUUCAAUUGACAAACGAUUCUGCUUUGACAUAGAAGUAGUUGAAAGGCAUGGAAUCAUCACAUUGCAGGCAUUCUCAGAAGCUAAUCGGAAACUCUGGCUCGAAGCCAUGGAUGGGAAAGAACCAAUUUACACCCUACCUGCCAUUAUUAGCAAGAAAGAAGAAAUGUAUUUAAAUGAAGCAGGAUUCAAUUUUGUGAGAAAAUGCAUUCAAGCUGUAGAAACAAGAGGCAUCACUAUUUUAGGCCUCUACCGAAUAGGAGGAGUGAACUCCAAAGUUCAGAAACUCAUGAACACAACAUUUUCUCCAAAAUCCCCUCCUGAUAUUGACAUUGAUAUUGAAUUGUGGGAUAAUAAGACAAUAACAAGUGGGCUGAAAAACUACCUCAGGUGCCUUGCAGAACCACUGAUGACUUACAAGUUACACAAAGAUUUUAUUGUUGCAGUUAAAUCUGAUGACCAAAACUACCGGGUGGAGGCUGUGCAUGCAUUGGUGCACAAAUUGCCAGAAAAAAACAGAGAGAUGCUGGACAUCUUAAUAAAGCACCUUGUCAAAGUAUCGCUACACAGCCAACAGAAUCUAAUGACGGUCUCAAACCUUGGUGUCAUAUUUGGCCCAACUCUUAUGAGAGCACAAGAAGAAACUGUGGCUGCCAUGAUGAAUAUUAAUUUUCAGAAUAUUGUGGUUGAAAUUCUGAUAGAGCACUAUGAAAAGAUUUUUCAUACUGCCCCAGACCCAAACAUUCCACUUCCUCAGCCGCAGUCUCGAUCUGGUUCCCGAAGGACACGAGCAAUCUGCCUUUCCACGGGUUCCCGGAAGCCCAGAGGAAGGUAUACACCGUGCUUGGCAGAACCUGACAGUGACUCUUACAGCAGCAGCCCAGACAGCACACCCAUGGGGAGCAUCGAGUCACUUUCCUCUCACUCCUCUGAACAAAACAGCACAACCAAGUCCACUUCCUGCCAGGCCAGGGAGAAAUCUGGAGGGAUUCCUUGGAUUGUAUCCCCAUCACCCUCCAACGGACAGAAAAGUCUUGGACUCUGGACAACUAGUCCUGAAUCAAGUUCUAAAGAGGAUGCAACCAAAACAGAUGCAGAAUCAGAUUGCCAGAGUGUUGCCUCAGUCACCAGCCCAGGGGAUAUUUCCCCACCCAUAGACCUGACCAAGAAAGGGCCUUAUGGGCUUUCAGGACUGAAAAGAACCUCCGCUUCCUCUCUCAGAUCCAUCUCUGCAGCGGAAGGAAUCAAGAGCUACAGUGGAUCCAUUCAAAGCUUAACUUCUAUAGGUUCCAAAGAGAUGCCGAAAGCCCCACCAAACCCAGACCUGCCUCCAAAAAUGUGUAGGAGGUUAAGGCUAGACACUUCCUCAAGCAAUGGCUACCAGCGACCUGGGUCUGUUGUGGCAGCAAAAGCCCAACUGUUUGAAAAUGUUGGUUCACUUCAACUGGAUUCUUCUGGGCGCCAAGCCAAAGCCAUGUACUCUUGUAAAGCAGAACACAGCCAUGAGCUUUCUUUCCCACAGGGGGCAAUAUUUUCUAAUGUAUACCCAUCAGUGGAACCAGGAUGGUUGAAGGCAACCUAUGAAGGCAAAACAGGACUAGUUCCAGAAAAUUAUGUUGUCUUCCUCUAAUACUGUUUAGUGGAUGGCAGUAUCUUCAUGGUAUCCAUGGUAACAAUAAUAAGUGCUAUGAUUUUAUCUGACACAGAUAUGGGAAUCAGCCCACUAAACGAAACGUAAAUUUCUAUCAAGUUCUACACCAACAGACUAUGUAGCUCCCUAUAAUGAAAAAGAAAAAAAAAUGCAUAAAUUGUUUGCCAUGCCAUUCUUUUCAUUUUUCUUCUUGACUGGUUUCUUAUUUUAAAAUCUUGCCCCUGCCCUUGUUUUUGACAAGUAACUCUGCACACUGUCUUUUCCAUAACAAUUGUAGAAUACUGUGUUAAGUACUAUAUCCCAGAGAUUUGGGAACUAGAAAUUUGCUAUAAGGAUUUUUAGAUAAGUCCUUUACGGCCUGGCAUUCUCUGAGGAACCUUGAAAUCAUUACUUAAAAAUGUAAUUUAAAUUGUUCAUUUAUUAUUUUUCUUAUGAAUUUAUUUCUUUUUUAUAUCAUUGUUUUGCUGGUCCUAAACAUUUCAAGGAAAUAGGUUUUUUUAACAUAAGUUUAUUUUUAUUUGUUUACCAUGUAGAUGAUGGUAUUCAAAAGGAAUAAUGUAUAUUAUGUCUAUAAAUCAAGUUAGGUCAUACACUGAUUUCAGUAUUAAACACUCCCUUCAGCAUUCUAGAUGCCUUCUAUGGAUGUAGACUGGGGAUUAGCAAACUAUUUCUCUCAAGACCUGAUAGUAAAUAUUUGAGGGCUUUGUACACCCUAAAGGUCUUUACCACAGUACUCGACUGCCAUUGUAGCACAAAGCACCCGUAGAUAAUGAAUAAGCAAAUGGACAAGGCUUAGUGCCAAUACAACUUUAUGGACUCUGAAAUUUGAAAAUUUCAAAAUUCUCUUGUGUUCUGACAUAUGAUCCUUUAACUUCUUCAAAUCUAUUGAAAAAUAGAAAUAUUUUAGUUGGUGGGCCAUGCAAAACUAGUGGCAGGCCAGAUUUGACUCAUGGGUCAUAGUUUGCUGAUGCCUAGUUUAGAGGAUGUAUAAAACUAUCUUUAUAACUUUGGGAUUUUAUGAAAUUUUACUACAUUAAUAUAUAAAUACUGAUAAUUCAUAUGCACGUAUCAUCUGGUAGUGGCAUUACAGUGGCAUCAAAAAUUAUAAUUACAGUAAUAUGAAAACAAUAUAAAAGUGGAUUUUUAAGGCAUGCAGCCUAAAUUCUACUUGUAACACUGUCAAGUGGCAAUGUAUUUUAUUGACAUCUAAUUUUGUCUUUUUAGAAAUUCUUGUACAGGUGAUAAAGAUUUU